CAAAACAUUCACUAACCUACACGUGAGUGGAACCAUCUGCUUGAUUUGAGAUUUUUAUGUUGGGAAUGGAGUCUGCUGUGGUCUUUUUCAGUGACAUAAAUGAGUCUGACCUUUCUGUAUAUGACUCAAAUUGGAACGAAAGUGACUCUGAUGAAGAGAGCUUGAAUGAUACCAGGGGCUAUGUAUGCUUACAAAGCUUCCAGGAUGACUCAAUGGGUACACUUGUGCAUUUCCAAAAAUUCUUCAUCCCUCUGGUUUAUACACUGGUUUUUAUUUUGGGUUGCCUGGGUAACAGCCUUGUGCUUCUUAUCCUCAUAAAGUUUCGCCGCAGUCGCUCUACUACUGAGAACUUUUUGCUUCACUUAGCCUUGGCAGAUCUUCUCAUGCUAGUUACUUUUCCAUUUGCUAUAACAGAAUCUGUGGCAGGUUGGGUAUUUGGCAGCUUCCUCUGUAAGUUUGUGGGGGUCAUCAACCGCAUCAACUUUUUCUGCAGCAGUCUCCUCCUCGGGUGCAUCAGUGUGGAUCGUUACAUCGCCAUCAUCCAUGCCAUCCAUACCUUUAGAAGUCGGCGUUUGGUGGCUGUUCAUCUUCCCUGCUUUGGGGUUUGGGCCUUGUGUUUCCUGCUGUCAAUGCCCAAUCUGUUUGUUUUGGGAAUACAGGAAAAUGGUAAUGUAACAACAUGCACAUACCACCAAAGCCACUUCCCUAGUAAUGGAUGGUGGCAGACAGGAAGAUUUCUCAACCACAUCGUGGGUUUUCUCCUCCCUCUAUCGAUUAUGGGAUUCUGCUAUGCCCACAUUGUGGCUGCUCUUUGUCGGUCCCCACGAUUAGAGAAGAAAAAAGCAGUAAGGCUGGCAAUAGUGGUCACUGGAGUCUUCCUCUUAUGCUGGACCCCCUACAAUGUGACAGUGUUUAUUGACACUUUGGAUCAGCUGGGAUUGGUCCAUAACUGCCAAGUACGAGAAGAGCUUCCAAUUGCAAUCACCGUCACAGAGUUCCUGGGUUAUGUGCAUUGCUGUCUGAAUCCAAUCCUCUAUGCAUUUGUGGGGGUAAAGUUCAGGAACGAUGCCCUGCGUAUCCUGCGCAGAGCUGGCUGUUUAAGCUCACUGAUGCCAGAAGUCUCACUAAAUUUUGACAGGAAGAGUAGUGCCACCGACUCUGAAAAUGGCACAGUUAUGUACAGCUUCUAGAGUCUGCUUUCUAAAUGACAAAGCAAAUGGAAAAUCUAUAAGAAUAUUUACACAUUUUGUGAGUGGAAUAGAUGUAAAAAUGGCCAGCAUGCACAUAAACAAGAAGCAAAAUUUUGGAAUCCUUAAAGGGACAGUAUAGUUAGUGUGCAAUGCUGAACAAAGCAGAGCCUUGUAUAAAGAAGUAGGUUUGCUAAAAUGCUAAAGUUUUUUUGUUUGCAUAAAUAUAGGAAUUUCAUGGUAACCAUAUGUCUGCCUACUUUAAUUUUGUUAAUAAAACAAUAAAAUAAUGUAAAUAUUUGUUUUGUUAAUGUUCCUA